AUGGCCCUCUUGGACUCGAUACAAGACGCCGUAUCCCGCGUCCUGCCCCAGAAGAGAACAACCCUCCCUAUCCCGGCAUCGACAACAGGGGGCAUUGGCAGCAGCGUUAUGAUGCCUUUCCAGGACGACAUGAUCGUGUCCAAGCCCGCCAUCAUAUUUCAUGCAUCCCAAUCAUUCUUCAACUUCUUAGCGAUGUGCUGCUUCGCUAGUGUUGCCAGCUUCCAAGCAAAGUGGAAGGUUGGUCCUUCCGGAUUAACAGGCUUCGCGCUCUUCAUCGCUGUAAUUGGCAUCGUGUUCCCUCUCUUCCUGUUGUUUGUACCAGUGGUGUACGAAAAGUACAAUAAGGGUGCACGUCUAGCGCGUGCACUCAGCGAGCUACGUGUCGGGUUUAUCAUGAGGGGGACAGGGUCUGCAGUCAGCUUGUUGAUCGCUUUCAUCGUCACUAUCUCCGCGUGGACAGAGCCCGGUUGCAAAAACCCCAACAAUGAUCCCCACGCAAGCCUAGGUUCCUCUUUCAAGAAUGGUCUAGGUGGAUGGUGUAGCACAAAGAAGGCGGGGGCAAUUUUCUUCUGGCUCGCAUUUGGUUUCUGGAUGGCGUCACUCACCCUCACUAUUCUCGACUGGCGGAACGGCAAGUCAAUGCGUCCCCGUGAUCCUCCUUUCUCGCAUCCUACCGAAUUCUCCGAAGUGGAGACGCGCAUGGAAGAGGAAGAGGGUGAAUUUGACGACGAGGAGUCGCAGUAUCACAAGCCGGCAGACAACUCAGACGCACUGCAAUCACCGUUCGCUGACGGAUAUGCACCUCCGACCAGUACGUAUGCGCCUCCCACGCUGCCCCGUCCCAGCAUCGAUGCGUAUGGCGCGUUCUCGGACCCACCACCGACCGGCUUUGGAACGGGCGGAGGCACGUCGCCGUCUCCUGCGGCGGACACGCCGAGGGUGAGCAGGACGAUGCAGUACGCGGAUCCGUAUGCUGCAGUGCGAGCAACACUUACUUCAGGGCAACAACAUGGUGGAUCGGGUGCUCCUCCGCCGGGUUAUUCCACAUACAACUGA